AUAAAACAGACGGAGCAGAGCAAGACUCGGUCAGAACCUGCAGGACCCCCCACAGGACCAGGAUUACCCCGGACCUCCAGGACCGCCCCGAGAGCUUGUUACGAUGUGGCUGCUUCUGAUGAUCGUCAGCCUGCUGGAUCAGAACCAGGCUGCGCCACUUCCAGGAGACCUCCAGAGCCUUCAGCUUCUCCUGCAGAGCCAAGUGGACCAAACAGCACCUUCGGCCCCUCCUGACCCCGCUCAGAAGAUCACUUCCUCCUCCUCCUCCUCUUCAUCAGUUUCCUCGGAGUCAAGCCAGAGUUCAGAGGGUCCACAAAUGGUGCGAGAACGGCAGAACCUGGAGAACACGGCUGUGGAGCAGGUGGACUCCUCUCAGGAGAGUGAGGAGCUCCUCCAGCCUCCCAGUGACACCAACAGCACCACCAGCACCAACCUGUGGAUCAAUGAGCUAGUUUUACUGGGAGAGAGA